CGGAGGCGCGAGGACUCGUGAGCGGACGUAACGGAGAAACAGUCGACGCAAGAGCAGAGAGGGAGGAGAAAGAACGAGGAUAUAGCUACGUAACCGGGAUCUCAGCUGUAUUAGCGGAAGACAGGAUCCAGGCUUCCAGUGACAACCGAAACAGCAAUAUGGGGAACUAGUCCAGGGAAGAGCGACUCAAACACGGAUUAAACAUACGCGUUUGCUCUACCGACUGCACUCGCGCCGCCAUUCAUUCAAAAUAUCGAGUAGGCCUAGUUGCAUUGAUUUUAUGUCUAACAAUUAUAGCGUAUUGUACUUAAUACAGCACCAGAAUUGUUAAGGUAGCCCCUUUAACAAAUAGGCAGAGCAUCUGCUCUUUAAAUCGGCGUGUAGGACAAGACACAGUACUGUAAUAUAUGUGAUAUGUGCAUAUGUAAAUAUCGAAUUUAGUGUUUGCUCAAGAGUUUCUUUGGUUGGCUUCGAGGCACCAGGAAUGCUCUCUGAAAUACUGGGUUCCUGAUGCCCAGUUUGAACUGACCUGUAGUCUUCUGACACCAAAAGAAAGUUAGAGGAUUUUCAGCAUACACAAGACUAAAGACCUUUGGCUUUUGAGUAAAAGGUAUCAUGUCUUCUAGAGAGCGACGCUCCGACCUGUACAUAAAGGCUGAACCCAGCAGUCCCGAUGGAGGAGGUGGUGGCGGUGGAGGCGGCGGAGGUGGAGGCGGAGGCGGCGGGAGGACCAGCCCGGGAGGAGCGUCCUCAGACUCCUCUCAGAGUGGAGGAGGGGGAUCCAGAGGAGAAGGUGCUGGCCGCUACUCCCCGCCCCCUUACACGCCUGCGUUACGUUGCCAUUUUAAGGAGGAGGGUGCGGAUGGAGCCGAGGAGGGCUCUACCGGUAGCGGAGGAGGCCGGUGCAAGUAUGCGCUAAGCACUCUUCCCAAAAGACUGUGCCUGGUGUGUGGAGAUGUGGCUUCUGGCUACCACUAUGGAGUGGCUUCCUGUGAAGCCUGUAAGGCUUUCUUCAAAAGAACGAUACAGGGUAAUAUUGAGUACAGUUGUCCUGCCUCCAAUGAAUGUGAGAUCACCAAGCGCCGCAGGAAGGCCUGUCAGGCGUGUCGCUUCACCAAGUGCCUCAAAGUAGGCAUGCUCAAAGAAGGUGUCCGCCUGGACCGAGUCAGAGGUGGACGGCAGAAAUAUAAGAGACGCCCGGAGAUGGAGAAUGCUACGUACCAGAGUGCACCGAUACCUUUAAGGAAGGAGGGAGAGAAGGGCUCAUCCAGCAUCAUUGUGUCUCAUCUGCUGGUGGCGGAGCCAGAAAAGCUGUUUGCUAUGCCAGACCCCCUGCAGCCUGACACAGCCCAGCGCACGCUCACCACUCUCUGCGACCUGGCCGACCGGGAACUAGUUGUCAUCAUCGGCUGGGCCAAGCACAUUCCUGGCUUUCUCUCGCUGUCACUGGCUGACCAGAUGUCCGUGUUGCAGUCGGUGUGGCUGGAGGUGUUGGUGUUGGGGGUGGCGUACCGUUCUCUCGGCUGUGAGGACGAGGUGGUGUUUGCUGAGGACUUUGUGCUGGAUGAGGAGAUGUCUCGUGUGGCCGGUCUGACUGAGCUCAACGCCGCCAUCAGCCAGCUCGCUCGGCGUUUCAGAGCCCUGCAGCUGGACCGCGAGGAGUUCGUCAUGCUCAAGGCCAUCGCGCUCACCAACUCAGACUCGGUGUACAUCGAGGACAUGGAGGCCGUGCAGAAGUUACGGGACCUGCUGCAUCAGGCUCUGCUGGAGCUGGAGGUCCAGCGACACCCUGACGACCCUCAGCGUGUGGGACGUCUCCUCCUCACCCUGCCCCUCCUCAGGCAGACCGCCGGCCGGGCCCUCACCACCUUCUACAGCAUCAAAACCCGCGGCGGCGUGCCUAUGCACAAACUCUUCCUGGAGAUGCUGGAGGCCAUGAUGGACUCACCCUAGAGAAGAGACGACGUCGGAUGAAGGAUGUAGAAAACGGCAAACUUUUUGUCUUUUUGUGUGCGCAAGGGCUACAAAAGCCAAAAGAAAACACUUUUUGGGGUUGAAUAUGAAGAAGACGCUUCGUGUAGCUGUCCGCCGGUACUGAUCUUUCACAUCCAAUGCUCCUCCUUCACUUGAUUUCAAUGGGUACCACGUCAACACAGACUAGGGUUAGACACACUUAAUAUUUAUAUCAGUGUUCGAGAAACCGUGUAAUUCAUUCUGUCACUUCACAGCCAUCCUGAUAAGUGUUUCUAGGAGCUAACCAUUACUGUAAACUCAGAGAAAUUCAUGUGCCAAGGGCGCCUACUGAGACUGCAGCAAUAUGAACGAUUCAGCGAUGAUAUGUCCUUCUUUAACAAUGGUAGGCCAUAACAAACUGUCACUAUCACUACAGUUAUAACAGAGUAAGCUUUUUUUUCUCCUUAAAUCGGUGC